GCGAGGGGCAGGCACGGUCCCCAGCGCCACGCUGACCCUGAUACCCUCCCCUGCACCACCGGAGGCACAGGCACUCCCAGGGUCCCUUCUGCCGAACGCCAGCUUCAAAGACCAGCCACCUCCCACCCUCGUGGCCCCCAGGGACCCCCAGCCGUGCCUGGGCUGCUACCAUGCACCUGCCCUGGUGGCUUCUCCUCCUGGCCAGCCUCGUCCCGUCAGCCCUCGGCUCGUGGGGGGUCACCUACCCCGAGUCCCUGUGGGGUGUCAGGGGCUCCUGCGUGCUGGUUCCCUGCACCCUGAGCUACCCUGACAACGUGGCGGCCAACGACGGCAUCGUGGCCAUCUGGUACAAGGAUUACGACAACCAGAAGACGCUGGUGUACCACUCGGCGGCCCAGGAGGUGGAUGCUCACUUCAGGGGCCGUGCCCAGCUCCUGGGGGACCCCGCUGCCCGCAACUGCACCCUGCUGCUGCGGGGGGUGACGCCAGAGGACAGCGGGCCCUACAGGUUCCGCUUUGAGAUCGUCAAUGGCGACCGGUGGUCGGCGGCGCGGGAUGUGAUGCUGAGGGUUUCAGACACCCUGGAGCGCCCGAGCACUGCUGCCAGCGAGGAGCAAACCGAGGGGCAAGCGUCCACCUUGCAGUGCUCCACACCCUACAUCUGCCCACCAGGCGACGUCGCCCUGCGCUGGGAGGGUUACAACCCCCAGGUCUCCACAGUGUCCGGCCGGGUCCAGCUGGACACGAGCGGGGUUGGCCACUACCUGACCCUCACCACCUCUUUCACCUGGAAGGACCACUCCAAGAAGCUGCUCUGUGAAGUUUCUUAUGGCUCCAGGAAGGCAACCGGGGAGGUUGUCCUGCGGGUGAGACACGCCCCUAAGGACACCCAAGUGUCGGUCAACCCCUCCAUGCAGAACAUCCGCAAGGGCGACACGGUCUCCCUCACCUGCGAGGUGAGCAGCAGCUACCCCCCCAUCUCUGCCUACCACUGGUACAAGGACGGGGUGGCCGUGGGCAGCGAGCAGAUCCUGACCCUCCGGGACAUUCGCCGGGAGGACUAUGGGCAGUACCACUGCAAAGCCAAGAACGCCAUCGGGGCUGGUGUGUCACCCACUGUGACACUCUACGUCUUCUCUGCAGAGAUCUCAGUGAGCCCUGCGGCCGAGGUGCAGGAGGGGACGGCUGCCACCUUGACGUGCGACGUCCCUGGCAGGGAGGGCCAGGACCUCAACUACACCUGGUACAAGAACAGUGCCUGGCUCAAGGAGGGCACGGCGCACACCCUGCUUUUCCACCGCGUAGCAGCCAGCGACGCCGGCUAUUACUCCUGCAAGGUGACGAACAACCGGGGCAGCGACACGUCCCAGGCCAUCAGCCUGAGCGUGACAUACCCCCCCAGGAACCCCACCAUCACCCUCUUCCAGGAGACGCAGGGCGGCAGGCUGGCCAUCAUCCGCUGCACCGUGGACAGCCACCCCCCAGCCACGGUGGCCCUCUACCGUGAUGGCACCUUGGUGGCAGCCAGCGGGUGGCAGGCGGCCCCCCGCCAGCGGCUGGGUGUCACCGCGUCCCGCAACGCCCUGCGGCUGGAGAUCCGUGACGUGGGGCCGCAGGACAGCGGGUCGUACUGCUGCACGGCCAGCAACGCCCAUGGCAACACCAGCGCCACCAAGGCCUUCAUCGCCCGCGCUACAGAGAUCCUGAUCCAGCCCUCAGCGGAGGUGCGGGAGGGGGCAGCCGUCACCCUGACCUGCCUGGGGGCUCAGGGGGCGGCGGAGGAGACCCUCUACACCUGGUACAGGAACGGCAAGCGGCUGCGGGAGAGCUCGGCCCCGACACUGACCUUCCCCUCCAUCCGUGGUGAGGACGCAGGUGCUUUCCAGUGCAGGGUCCAUAGCAGCAACGGCAGUGACACGUCGGCCACCGUCCCCCUCCGUGUGCUCUUCUCACCGCGGCAACCAGUGAUGAGCUCUUUCCUGGAGACCCAGAGUGGGCACCUGGGCAUCAUCCAGUGCACUGUUGAGAGUGACCCAGAGGCCAACCUGACCCUAUGGAGAGGAGAAGAAGUGAUAGCCUGCACAUGGGGCUGCCCCACAGCUCCCAACCCCAGGGUUCAAGCCACCUUGUCCUACAACAGCCUGAAGGUGGAGAUCCGAGAUGUGGUGCUGGAGGAUGAGGAGACCUACGUCUGCUGGGCUGUGAACCUGCAGGGCAACGCCAGCAUGGCCAUGGACUUCAGGGCUGAGACUGCCAGCGUCGCAGUGGCUCCAUCCUCCCACGUGCUGGAAGGCCACGCCGCCAACCUGACCUGCCGGCUGAGCAGCGACUCCCCGGCUCUGCCCAACUUCACCUGGUACCACAACGGGCAGUGGCUCGCCGAGGGCCCGGACGCCUCCCUGGUGUUUCGGCAGGUGGCCAGCACGGACGCAGGGCUCUACCACUGCAGAGCCACCACCGACGGCAGCAGCCGGAGCUCCCCCGCCGUCUCCCUGGACGUGCUGUACCCCCCACGGGAUCCCCGCCUGACGGCGUUCCUGGAGACAGAGAGAGGCCGCCUGGCCAUCUUCCAGUGCUCGGUGGCAAGCAACCCUCCCGCCCGGCUGGCCCUGUACCGGGGUGAGGAGCUGGUGGCCACCAGCGAUGUGGGGAGCAGCCCCAGCCCGCGGGUCAGUGCCUCGGCCGCCCCCAACUCCCUCCGUGUGGAGAUGCGGGAGGUGACACCGGCGGACGAGGGCAGCUACCGCUGCACCGCCACCAAUGCGCACGGCACCGCGUCCCACCGCCUGUACUUCCGCCUGCAGACUGCCCGAGUCCUCAUCUCACCAUCCACGGAAGUCCAGGAAGGAGACGAUGUCUCCCUGACGUGCCUAGUGGUGGGAGAGCCGCAGGAUGACACCGUCUACUCCUGGUACAAGAACAGUGAAUGGCUCCAGGAUGGCCCUGACAACUUCCUCCCCCUGCCCCACAUCGCCAGUUCUGCUGCCGGCUCCUACCACUGCCGAGCCCGCAGCCCCUCGGGGACCAGUGUCUCCCUGGCCGUUGCUCUGCGCAUCUCCUAUCCUCCACGGGCUCCGGUGCUGACCUCCUUCCUGGAGACCCCCGAGGGGCAGCGGGGUGUCCUGCAGUGCAUGGUGGACAGCAACCCACGGGCAGAGCUGGCUCUCUUCAAGGACCGGGUGUUGGUGGCCUCCACGGCGCUGCCCCAGCCCACUGCCCCACCACGGCUCAGCGUCACCUUGGCCGUCAACGCGCUGCGGGUCAGCAUCCACCCCGUGCUGCUGGAGGACGAGGGGGAGUACGUGUGCUCUGCCAGCAAUGCCCACGGGAACAGCAGCACCACGGCGAACUUCACGGCUGGCACUGCCAGGGUCUGGAUCUCCCCCUCCCCAGACGUCCGGGAAGGUGACGCCGUCAACCUGACCUGUGCGGUCGAGAGCGGCAGCGGGGAGGUGCUGAGCUACACCUGGUACAAGAACAAGGUCUGGUUCAGCAGCAGCUCAGCCCCAGCCCUCACCUUCCCCAGCGUCGCUGCCACUGACGCCGCCUCCUACCACUGCGUGGUGCAGACCCCGGCACGGACCCGCAGCUCUGCCCCCACCACCCUCAACGUCCUCUACCCCCCCAGGAACCUGCAGAUGAAGGCCUUCGUGGAGAGCGGCGAGGGGAUGGCGGUCAUCCUCCUCUGCACUGUGGAGAGCAACCCCCUGUCGCAGAUCACCCUGCUCAAGGAGGGGCAGCCAGUGGCCUCCAGCCCCACUGCGGGAGGUGACCACCCCAGGCAGAGCAGCCGCAUCUCCCCUGCUCCCAACGCGCUGAGGCUGGAGCUCCGGGAGGCCUCCGAGGAGGAUGAGGGGGAGUACGAGUGCCGGGCACGCAACCUCCUUGGCAGCACCCAGGCGUCCCUGCCCCUCCGUGUGCAGGCCGUCCGGGUGGUGGUGCGACCCUCUGCCGAGGUGCCCGAGGGGACCGAGGUGAGGCUGACCUGCCGGGACGCGGGUGCCCGCCCGGGCACCGUCUACACCUGGUACAAGAACGGUCGGUGGCUGGCGGAGGGGCUGGGCGCCUCUCUCCUCCUCCCCGCCGCCCGCCGCACGGAUCCUACAGCCAGCAGCAAACCUGUCACCCACCCCCACAUCCCCCCGCCCCAAACCCCACUGGCUGGUUCCCUGCCACCAGAGCUGUUUUUGGGACAGGCCGGGAGGGGGGAAAACGCUGUUCUUCUCGUUGUAGAUGCACCCCAGGAGCCUUCCUUCAUCUCCCUGGUGGAGCCCCGGGGGGGACAGCAGGCCGUCCUACUCUGCACCGUUGACAGCUUCCCACCCUCCGACAUAGCCCUGCAUCGGGGUCCCGGCCACACACCCCUGGCCUCGACGUGGGGCCCAGCCGACCCACGCUUCACCAUCCAGGUGGCCCCCAACUCCCUGCGGGUGGAGAUGGGGGGGCUGGAGUUGCGGGACACAGGGCUCUACAUCUGCUCGGCCAACAACAGCUACGGCACCGUGUCCUCGUCCCUGCACCUGGACAUGGGAGGGGUGACAAUCAGGGUUGAUCCCUCGCCAGAAGUCCCCGAAGGCACCACAGCCACCCUGACCUGCUCAGCCAUCCCUUGGGUGGGGGAAGAGGCCAACUACACGUGGUACAAGAACAGCCGGUGGCUGCAGGAGGGACCAGCCAGCUCCCUUGUCCUCACCCGUGUCUCCAGCACCGACACCGGCUCCUACCGCUGCCGGGCAAGUGGGACGAGGGGCAGCUCUGCCUCAGCCACGCUCAGCUUCAGCGUGCUCUACUCCCCCCGGGAUGUGUCCAUCAGCACCUUCCUGGAGAACCGCAACGGGCAGGUGGGCAUCGUGCUGUGCACGGCCGAUAGCCACCCAGCUUCCACCAUCGCCCUGUACCGCCGUGGCCACCUCCUGGCCUCCAGCCUGGCCCCUGUCACCAUGCCAGGGGUCCGUGCCUCCCCCUCCCACAACACCCUCCGUGUGGAGCUCGGGGCAGUGGGGCAGGAGGAUUCGGGGGAGUACACCUGCGUGGCCAGCAACCCCCUGGGCAACGCCACGGCCGGCGCCUACUUCGAUGUGCACACUCUCACCCACCUCCUGGCCUUCACCGUCCUGGCUGGGCUGCUGAUGGCCAUGAUCUGCGUGGCUGCCCUGGCCCUUCUGGCUGUGAAGCUGUGGCCCAGGAUGAGAAAGUUUUGGAACUGGCCCGGUGCUGAGGACACCUUCGAGCUGAGAAGGAAGCAGGAGCAGGAGCAGGUGGGGACAUUGGUGGAUGGAGGUUAUUAAGCCAAUGGCUUCUUUGGCCCAGGAGCAACUGUAGCAGCUGGUGCUGGAAGCGCACAGCCUCAUCCUGGCUGGAUCCAGGGAGGCCACACCAUCACUCCCCACCCCCAGGGUGGCAGAGCCACGGCUGAGCUGGCAGCCACCACCCUGGGGACAAUCCAGCCCUGUCUUCAUCCCCUCACAGCUCCUCUUUCCCCUCUCCUGUCCUGCCAUGCCCCUCAUCCCUUCCCCACCGUGGAUGUUGUUCUCACGCCGGGCAUGGUCUGUGCUCACCACCGCACGUGGUGCACCACACGUGCCAGGCACCAGCAAGCUGUGACAGCUCAGGGCUGCUCUCCAGCAGUGAAAUCCCAGAAGAAAAACAAAUCUCCUGGUGGCAGUGCAAGCCUGGGGGAAGCCUCUUCAUUUCCACUGUCCUUCUGUCCCCCCAUCAAAGCCACCAGAGUGCUGCCCGCUGUGGUGCUACACAGCCCCUGUGCCGGGUGUCCCUGUGAGCUAUU